AUGCAGAAGGAGGGAGAACUAGAGAAGGAGAGGAAAUGCAGGCCCUUGGACUUCCUGGACAUCGUCUUCUUAGACAGAGUGAGUGUGGGCAGGAGAGGCCUGAGCCUUUGGGCAGAAGCACACAGGAAGGGCAGACCCUGCACUCUGGCCCUGCCUCCACAGAUGGAGAAUGUGAGCAGCUUAUCUGACAAGGACCUCCAUGCCGAGGUGGACAAGUUCAUGUUCAAGGGUCAUGACACCACAGCCAGUGGCAUCUCCUGGAUCCUCUAUGCUCUGGUCUCCCACCCUGUGCAUCAGCAAAGGUGCCUGGACGAGAUCCAGAGCCUCCUGGGGGGUGGCACCUCCAUCACCUGA